AUGUGCGUAUAUAUUACGAUAAUAUUCUUUCUUUCUUUCUUUCUUUCUUUCUUUCUUUCUUUCUUUCUAUCUUUCUUUCUUUCUUUCUAUCUUUCUUUUUUCUUUCUAUCUUUCUUUUUUCUUUCUUUCUUUCUAUCCUUCUAUCUUUCUUUCUUUCUUUCUUUUCUCCAUUUGUUCUUCAUUCAUCAGACCCACUUUCCUUCGUAUCCAGUAUUUAUUCUUUCUUUCUUUUUUUCUUUUAUUUCGGAUUCAUUCUCUUCUAUAUCUUUGUUACUUUUCGUCUUCCUACCAUUGACCCUCUCUCUCUCUCUCUCUCUCUCUCUCUCUCUCUCUUUCUUUCUUUCUUUCUUUUUCUCAGCUAUUUUCCAUUUUACUUACUUUUAUUACUUUUCGUCUUACAACUUUUUAUUUCUUUUCCUAGCUAGCUAUCUUUCUUUCUUUCUUUCUUUCUUUCUUUCUUUCUUUCUUUCUUUCUUUCUUUCUUUCCUUCUUUCUUUGUAUUUUAUUUAUCUCCCUUUGAUUUCCAAGUAUUUUCUUCUUCCCCGCCCUUCAUAUAUAUAUGUUUCCUUCUUUCCUCUUCAUUUAUUCUCUCUCUUUCGCUUUUUUCUCGUUUCCUCUUUCUCCUCCCACCCUUCACUUUUGACCUUUUCCUUCUUUCCUCUUCAUUUAUUCUCUCUCUUUCCUUUAUCGUUUCCUCUUUCUCCUCCCCCCUUCACUUUUGACGCUUUUCCUUCUUUCCUCUUCAUUUAUUCUCUCUCUUUCCUUUAUCGUUUCCUCUUUCUCCUCCCACCAUUCACUUUUGACCUUUUCCUUCUUUCCUCUUCAUUUAUUCUCUCUCUUUCCUUUAUCGUUUCCUUUCUCCUCACACCAUUCACUUUUGACCUUUUCCUUCUUUCCUCUUCAUUUAUUCUCUCUCUUUCCUUUAUCGUUUCCUUUCUCCUCCACCCUUCACUUUUGACCUUUUCCUUCUUUCCUCUUCAUUUAUUCUCUCUCUUUCCUUUAUCGUUUCCUCUUUCUCCUCCCACCCUUCACUUUUGA